UACUCAAGCAGCGGAUUAAUAAAUCUGGGUUAAGCAAACCUUGGACGAAUAAAUCUAGAUUAACCAAGCUGUGGACUGAUAAAUCUGGAUUAACCAAGUACAGGAUUAAUAAAGCUGUAGUAUCCAUACCGGGGAUUAACAGGUUUUUAGAUUAACCGCCCCGUGGAUAUAAGAGUCUCAGCCACUGAGGAAUGUCGCGUGACAGGCAAAACACAAUCCAUUAGCCACAUUUCACACACUUAAUAACCACUCUGUAAGAAAAAUCCAUCUGAUAAUGCUCGUGAGAGAGAGAGAACAUCCCCUCCCUCCAUCCCCUUGAUUCCUUCCCCGUCCCUACCACCCUCCUCCCCACCUCCCCUUCCCUUCCUGUCAGCCUGCCAGCCAGCCGACUAGAGAGACGUAACCCACAAGUCACCAGGUGUCCUUAUCGCUGCCUUCCAUAUCCUCCCUAUACACCUCACGGACACGCUACCAUUUACGAGAUUGUGAGAAACGCCUGCAAUGCGAGGAUAUGCAACCGUGCCACCUGCUAGAGGAGUUGGUGUGGCGCGGACGCCUUCAGGAGGUGACACCUGACGAAGCGCUGUGUAUGGUGGUGGCGGGGAGUGGGGGCUGGAGGGGGCGGUGGCCGUCGCUUCCUAGGUAAGAACACACCUUCGCCAGCAGUUUCCUUCCUCACAUAGCGACACACAGGGGCUUCCCUCCUGGCGCGGGUGUAUGAACAGAGCUUCUCCUUGUCUCUCUCCUGUCGCAGCCGAGGGUGGUGUCGGGAGUGUCAGCCACAGCCUCAAGGCACCUGCCCAGUCCGGUGUGUGUACCUUUGAACACGGCCUUAAAAAAAAAAAACUUGUAAGUCUUAAUAACUGACAGUUCAUAUUGUGUUGGUACACACAUUGUCCCGCAGGAACUGACCUUCUGGUGUUGUAUUGAUUCUGGUGAAUGAGUUUACUGAAAUAAAUGCCGUGAAUACGGCACUAACUCCCGUGUUCCGAGGCAACUAGUGCGUGCAUGGCGCUAACUACUGAGUGUACAAUGCUAGCUACUGUUUGUAUCUUCCUACCGUUUCCAGGGAGGUAGGUCACGGCCUUCGACCUGCCCGCCUCCCACAUACAGGUCGCGAUCCUUCACGCCGACCUUGCCGGACACUGCACCAACAGUUAAAGGAUCACCUGACUGCUAAAUUAUUACCUCUGCCGAGCACCAGCAUCUGGAUACAGAAGCACCGCCAGUUACAGAAAAACCUCCUGGUUACAAUAGCACCGUCAAGCUGCAACAAAGCCUCCUGGAUACAGCAACACCAUCUGGUUACAGCAGCAACAUCUAGCAAUAGGAACAUCACCUGGUUUCAGCAGUAUCAUCUGCUAUCAGAAAUGAGACUUACAAGCCUGAAAAUAGAGAAGCGCUGCCCUUGACUUAUUUGACCAUACUAAGCAGAUCAUUCUCACACCCAGCCCUUCUUACAUAGUUAUUCACCCUAUUUUUGGAAACCACCCAAGAGACUACUUUUGAUCACUCUACUUCCCAAAUUGUUAAAUUCUACAUUUCCUAACCAGUACUUUCUAAUUCUGAAUUUACUCAACUUUGAUCCAUUUUGAGUUCUUUCUUGAUACAUAAUCAAAGAUGAAAGUCAGCGAUUUUUCAGUGAUGGUAAAAAGAAUGAGUGUCGUGGAUGUUUUUGCUUUUUUAUAUUUAUAAUAAACUCUAGCAAAAUAUAAUGCCAGACAUUGUCUUAAGAGUAAAAUUAUAUUAAUAAAUUAUUACUAUUCGCUUAUGCAACCAUCAGUGGUGAGUCAUUAAGUUUUUUCUAUAAUGUCAUACCAGUCACUAAGUGUAAUAUACGUUAUAAACAAUUUUGACAAUAUUGAUCGAUCUCUGCAUCUGACGCGAUAUUACCCAGUUGACGUCUCUGAAUAUUUGAGUCUCUUGUGGAGAUGGUGACACUGUGUCUGAAAAUAUUACCCUCUGAAGAUAGACGAGUGGGGACUUAGCAUCAUGGAGAGGUUCAGCGCUCCUAGCGUCACCUUCAAGACGAGAAGUAAGAGAAGUCUGGGGUAUCCUCAUUCCAGGAUAGCGGACAAAUACGGGAUGCGGCCAAGGACCAUUAUUAGACGAUUGCUGCAGGAGAGACGACUUAGGGAAGCGUCACACAAAGACGUCAGAUCGAAGCUGCAUCCGUUCCCUAAAUACCACAAGAAGCUGGCCAGCUUCCGUGAGCGAUCCCACGUGCGGGAAAUUAAUAAAGCUUUUGAGAAUCUGAGGAAUGCCUUGCCAACUGCAGCCGGAUGUCGCAACGACGCCUCGGCCGCUGCCAAGAUGACCACUCUCAGGUUGGCUCUAAGAUACAUUGCGGCACUUACACAGCUGCUUCAAGAAGACGACAUUCAGCGCUCUUACAACAACGACGACGACAAGACUAGCAGUUGUUCAGAGACUGACAGUGACGAUCAUAAAACUUACUUGACCGGCCAAGAAGACCUCAAACCUCAGCCUUCUUCCCAAAAGGAGCAAGACGACGCUGAAGACACAUACAUCCUCGCGCUCGCUAAAAUUUUUGAAGAAAGCGACGAUUCAAACGACACAAGUGCUUCUGACAGCAAUGAAAAAGGUCAAACAUUCCCUGCCGAGAGUGAUGAUCGUCAGAGCAGCCGAGAAGAUUUCAGCGACCUUUCUGACAAUGACGUUGAAGGUCAGCUCGAUGCUCUGGCCAGUCUGGGUAGCUUGACUAAGGAAACAACAGAUCCAGCGUUCCUAUCAUGAGCUCUCCUGUAGUUACAGUAGCCAUCAACAGCGGAGUCUGUAUCAUAACAUAACCCUUCUUUUGCAAGUCCGUAUACAAAAAAUAUGGAUUUGUUAUAUUAUAGUUUUACCACUAAAUUAGUGUGUUUACAGGCUGUUGAAUUUCACUUACUUCUUCUUAGCAUAACUCUGGGCUGGAAGUUACAUUCUUAGGUAUGAAACUUCCUGUGACAUUUGUGGUACAUUGCCCAAGGCAUUUUUUUCGAAGCUCCACCUGUGUUCCCGAGGUCUGGUCACUCAGUCACAUGAAGUCUCGGGUAACACUUUCUGGUCUAUGAAUAAACCCUUCAGUGCUUAUUUUCUAAAAAGUAAAUUGUUGUUCAAUAUAUUAAGAGACGAAAUAAUAUCUGAACUCUGUAAAUCUUGGUGGCUAUUGCUACUCCACUCUGUGGCUAUCACUACUCCACUCUGUGGCUAUCGCUACUCCACUCUGUGGCUAUCACUACUCCACUCUGUGGCUAUCGCUACUCCACUCUGUGGCUAUCACUACUCCACUCUGUGGCUAUCGCUACUCCACUCUGUGGCUAUCGCUACUCUACUCUGUGGCUAUCGCUACUCCACUCUGUGGCUAUCGCUACUCUACUCUGUGGCUAUCGCUACUCCACUCUGUGGCUAUCGCUACUCUACUC